CAUCACUGCUUUCUAUUGGCUCUUCUUCUAGUAACGUGUCAUAAACAGUGAUCUCUGGAUGGUAAAGAAUAUUCUUGGAUAUAGGUUAAACGUUUUAAUCAAAUCUACAAUGAAGUCAUAAAAAUUUUUGACUCGCCUUUGUUUUUGUUAAAAGGUUAAAAGACAAUGGAGAAUAUUCAAGACGUUCCCAUCGACAUACAAACCAGCAAGCUUUUGGACUGGCUGCUGGAUCGACGGCAUUGUAAUCUGAAAUGGCAGAGCGCAGUGAAAGUAAUCAGAGAGAAGAUCAAUGCUGCCAUUCAGGACAUGCCAGAGAACGAGGAAAUCAAGCAGCUCCUCUCAGGAUCCUACAUUCACUACUUUCACUGCUUGAGGAUCGUGGAGAUACUGAAGAGAACAGAGGCUUCCUCCAAGAACAUCUUUGGCAGAUAUUCAUCUCAGAGGAUGAAGGACUGGCAGGAGAUUGUGGCCCUUUAUGAGGCAGAUAAUGUCUAUCUGGUGGAGGUGGCCAGCUUGCUGAGUCGCAACAUAAGCUAUGAAGGCCCGGCUCUGAGGAGGCAGCUGGCCAAAGCCCAGCAGCUGCAGCAGGAGCUGAGCAGGCGAGAAGUGGAGUGCCAGAGCUCAGCCGCAGACCUGAGGCAACGCUACUAUGCUGCCUGUAAACAGUAUGGCAUCACAGGAGAAAAUGUGGCCCGUGAGCUUCAGGCUCUGGUGAAAGACUUACCAGCAGUUCUUGACGAAGUCGGGAAGGAUGCAGCAAAGUUAGAGAAACACAUCCAACUUUACACCGCUUUCACAAACUUUGUAUGUGAAUGGUCUGAGCCGGUCCUGCCCAUGCUGACGUUUGCCCAGAAGAGAGGAAACACAACGUUUUAUGAGUGGAGAACAGGGAAAGUCCCCACAGUUGUUGAGAGGCCAGUUGUGGAGGACGCACCUCCUGCCACAGCCACAGAGGACACGAUUGACUGGGGCGACUUUGGCAAAGCAACAGAUACACAGGGUUUUAAUUCUGGCAUCACAGUUGAGGAUGGUAUAGACUGGGGGAUCAGUCUGGAGCCAAACUCUGAGGACUCUGGUGCAGGCGGUAUCGACUGGGGUGACAGUGAAGCAGCUCCCGCUGAAUUUGAAAUUGUAGAUGCAGGCACAGACUGUCCUGAGGGUGUGGCAAGGGGUGAGGAUGCUUUGACUAUACUGGAAAACUCUCAGUCACGCAGCCAGUUUAUCGAUGAGCUAAUGGAGCUUGAAGUAUUUCUGACCCAGCGCUUGAGUGAGAUGGGAGAAGAGGGAGAUGUGGUAGCUAUGAGCCAGUUCCAGCUGGCCCCCUCUAUCAUACAAGGCCAGACCUGUGAGCAUAUCCGCGAGAUGUUAUCUGAGGUGCAGGACCUUCUGGGCCGACUCACCUCUGUCCGGAUGCAGCAUCUGUUUAUGAUCCAAGCCUCACCACGGUAUGUUGAACGUGUGUCAGAGGUGCUGAGACAGAAACUGAAGCAGGCAGACAUUCUGGUGCUGAAAGGGACCACGAUGGCUGAGAAAAGGCAGGAAGCCCUGAAGGAGCAGUCCCGACUGGAGCCUCGUGUUGACCUGCUGGCAGGAUGCACCCGGGAGCUCCAGAAACUGAUUGAAGCUGACAUUUCAAAGCGCUACCACAACAGGCCUGUCAACCUGAUGGGGGUUAAUAUAUAAUGAGCUUCUCAGACAGUAUUUUGUCAUAAUCUACAGAAACAAAUAAAAGUGGUAUUUAAUUUAAAGUA